AUGUAUGCCCGCUUUCGCACACGUUCCAAGUUCUACAAACGACCGGAGCGUACACUCCGUGCGUAUAAUGUCAAUCCCAACAUGUUGCGCCGACCAAAGGUGAAGCCUGGUCUUCUCAGUGGUAUUUACAGUGAUGAGACGGUGGAUUUGCGUGAUCGUGAGCGGCUGGAGCUCCUGGAGUCCCUCCGUCACCCACGCGAACGUGACUUUUAUCAAGAUCACACGUAUCACAAUCAAUGGAUACGCCGGGAUCUGGAGAAACACCAGAAGGUGGAACUCGCCGCCCGAUAUCGCUUCUUCGCCCCGGAUUAUGUGAUCACUCCGUGGGUGUGGUAUCCAGGCGAUGUAGUGGAGGUCGUCACAGGUGAGGGUGUUGGUCAACGCGGAACCAUCAUUGCAGUAGUAAAAUAUAAGAAUGAGAUUGUUGUUCAGAAUGUGAAUGUGCAGGAUGUUGUGAUUCCAGCCUCAGAGACACGACCAGAGCAGGUGGUGCAGCGAGAACAUCCCAUUCAUGUGAAUCGUGUGCGGCAUGUGGAUCCCUCUACAAACACAUUAUGUCAAUUAGAAUUGGUGAAGGUGCGGAAUAAAGAAACAGGGGAAUUAGAGGAAAAGCGGAUAAGUCUUGAAAGUGGUGUAUUACUUCCUAUUCCUCCAUUGGAGAAUAAUGUGGAGGUUGGGGAUCCAUUAAAAGAUACACCUAUUCAAGAUGCGGAUGAAUCUACCUAUGAUGCGGAGGCUGAAAUGGCGUUAUUAGUAGAAAAACGUCUUCAUGCGAUGGAGAAUUAUUUUGUGAAGAGUCUCCAGAAAUCUUAUGCUUUUCAUGAACCACUACGUGUGCGAAAUGCGGAGGAUAUGCGGGCCUUUCAGGUGGAUGUGGUGGAAGCGGCGUCUGCAGCUCUUGCAGAGAAGUUGGUGGCGGAUGAUAGUUCUUCACUACCAGCGUGGUGGAAAGAGGCUGUGGCCCCACACGUGGAAGAAGUGGAAGAGGAACUACGGGCAACGGCAGAGAGAGAAGCAGCAGCAGCAGCGGCGGCGGCAGCUGAAGUUGAAACAGAAGCUGGUUAUGGUGUUGAUACUAAUGAUGAUAGUGAUAGUGAUAGUGAUGAUGAUGAAGGAGAAGGAGAAGAAGAAGGUGAGGAGAUAUCGAGGACACAUGAAGGGAAAUGA